AGGAUGCAAAAAAUUGCAAAAGAGUUGGGUGUGGUAAUACCAGUUAGCUUCUUUGAAGAGGCAAAUAAUGCCCAUUACAACUCAAUUGCCAUUAUUGAUGCUGAUGGGGCAGAUCUUGGACUUUAUAGGAAAUCUCACAUCCCAGACGGACCAGGCUACCAGGAAAAGUUCUACUUCAAUCCAGGUGACACUGGAUUCAAGGUUUUCAAGACCAAGUUUGCCACAAUUGGAGUUGCAAUUUGCUGGGAUCAGUGGUUUCCUGAGGCAGCCCGAUCUUUGGUUCUUCAAGGUGCAGAGAUAUUGUUUUACCCUACUGCUAUUGGUUCUGAACCUCAAGAUGGAGGACUUGAUUCUAGGGAUCACUGGAGGCGAGUAAUGCAAGGGCAUGCUGGGGCUAAUGUGGUCCCUGUAGUAACUUCAAAUCGCAUAGGGAAAGAGGUAAUUGAGACCGAGCAUGGAAAGAGUGAGAUCACAUUUUAUGGUAACUCUUUCAUUGCAGGACCCACUGGAGAAAUUGUUGCAACUGCUAAUGAUAAAGAGGAAGCUGUACUAGUAGCAGAAUUUGACCUGGACAAAAUCAAAUGGAAGAGACAUAGUUGGGGAGUAUUCCGUGAUCGACGCCCAGAUUUAUACAAGGUGCUACUGACAUCAGAUGGCAGCAAUUCCCCGUUGUGAUGAUGCCCCUUACCUCUUACUGCUAUGCAUGUUGUAGAAUUAAUAAAGGAAAUACUUC